AUGCGAGCUAUCUAUCGCUCACUUUCACGACAACCUGUCAUCAGCACCAUCACAAAUUCCCGCUUCCAGCAACCAUCUUUCAUCCCAUCCAGGGUGCCAACCUCUUUCUCGCUGCCGGCAUACAUCUCAUCUCACCCCCGACGACCCAUCCACAUAACCCCCAACAUGUCCUCCUCUGUCUCUUACCAAAAAGCCUUCUCCCGGCUCUCCGCCCUCCAAUCCAACCUCGCCAUCACCUCCCUCUUCACAGUCCCCUUGCCAGACGGCACAGACCGCAACGCGGCCGCCAUCCCCGAAAUGCUCUUCUGGCUCUCCCGCGCGGGGCUCUCCCCCGAGAGCAUCGCCUCCUCAGGCCUGAAAUGCGUGCACGUCGCCGGGACAAAAGGCAAGGGCAGCGUCAGCGCUUUUGUGGGGAGCAUCCUCGCCCAAUACUCAAACCCCCCCACUCAAAAGGUGGGAGUGUACACCUCUCCCCAUCUUGUUGACCAAAGGGAGCGGAUCUCCCUUUUAUCGCCACAGGAAAAAGAAGGGAUGAUUGAUGAGGAGAAGUUUGGCAAGUACGUCAAUCUGGUGUGGGAUACCAUGACUGCGGAGGCGAGGAAGCAGCUUGGUGCCGAGGCAAAAGAAGAGGAGUUGGAGGGGCCGGGGACGAAGCCGUUUUAUUUUCGGUUUCUGACCAUUGUUGCCUUGAGGGCGUUUCUGGACGAGGGGGUGAGGGAUGCGGUGGUGGAGUGCGGGAUUGGGGGGGAGUAUGAUUCUACUAAUGUGCUCACGGAGGAGAGUGUCAGUGCUGCGGUGGUGACGCAGUUGGGGAUUGAUCAUGUUGGUAUGCUUGGGGAUACUGUCGAAAAGAUUGCGUGGCAUAAGGCGGGGAUUUUCAAACGGGGGGUGAAGGCUUUUACGAUUAGGCAUCCACGGGAGACGGUGGGGGAGGUUUUGAGGGAGAGGGCGAGGGAGAAGGGGGCGGAAUUAGUGGAGAUUGGUGAGGAAGAGGUGAAGGGGUGGAAGGGGGUGGAAGGGGGGAUGUUGCAGGGACCGUUUCAGAAGGGGAAUAUGGCUUUGGCUGUGUAUGCUGCUCGGGAGCAUCUUGUUAAAACAGGCCACAAGUUUGAAGGGAGGUUUGGGGUUGAUGAGGAGUGGGGGCUGGAUGAUAUACCGGAUAAGUUUGUGAAGGGUCUUAGAGAGGCGAGUUUGAGAGGGAGAUGUGAGGUUGUAAGGGAUGGGAAGGAUGGGACCGAGUGGCUUGUGGAUGGAGCGCAUACAGAGGAUAGUUUGGCGGGUGUGGGAGAGUGGUUUGCUUCAAGGGCAGGAGAUGGGCUGAGGGUUCUGGUGUUUAACCAGCAGGAACGGGACCCAAAGAUACUGCUUACUGCGUUGCUCAAGGGCGCAGAGAAGGAAGCUAGUGGGUUAAAGGAGGUGUUUACACAUGCUUUUUUCACGAGAAACGAAGAGCUACCGCCAAAGGAAGGCGAGAAGAGAGACCUGAGUGUGCAGACGAAAGCACUCGAGAUCAUGAAGGAGUACAACGGUGAGGUGGAAAGUAGAGUGUCCGACAAUGUUCAGUUGACUAUUGAAGGGGUUAAAUAUUUGACAGCAAAGGCAAGAGCGGAAGGAAAGGAGUGCCGGGUGCUGGCGACGGGAAGUUUCCAUCUUGUUGGGACUGUCUUGAAGAGAAUCAGUGCAUAG